CCCCCAAUUGUGCUUCAAUGGAACCUUUAUCAUCAGAUAGACAGUUAUGGAAUUUGGUUGCUCCACUUGACCAUGAGUGUCGUGGGCAAACUAAAUAUGUAAUCUCUGAUGAUGCGGAAGAUGAUGUUUUUCGAUGGAAGUUAGAGCCAGGUGAAUGUGUUUCCUCUGUGAGAGAUUUCUGUGCAAUUAUUCCAGGAUGUGUAAUGCCAUCAUGGUUUCCAAAUAAAGAAUAUGAUGAGAUGAGAAUGGAAUAUGAGAUAAAAGUGGACAUACCUGCAUAUUACCGUGAUAGUGAAUGGUGUGGAAUUGUUGUAUGCUUUCUUAUCUCAUGCGAUUUGGCUAUUCGUUGGAGUAGCAAAGCUGCAGAAGAUGAUGGUUAUAUAUGGCAGGAAUGGGGGCGCAGGAUUUUACUUUGGAGUAACGAUCCUCACCAAUGCAUAAUGGUGUUGGAAUUAAAUCAGAAAACAUGUUGGCAGCACCUAAGGGCUCAUCAUAACAAUUCUCUUCACAUUAAACUGUCUUUAGUGAAUGCUUUUGAGGUUGAUGAGAUAGAAAUAAAGGGAUGGGGAUGGAGAGUGCUAUGUAAAGAAGAGAUACAACAGUGGUGCGUUCUCAAUCAUUUCAACCAACCUCCUUCUCCUCCUCAUGAUCCCAUCAACCUUCCGUGGAGACUGCUUCGCAAAUUCAUUAUGGAGAUGUACUAAUCA